AUGAUCCUGUCGCUGAUCCUCCAGCUGUUGACUCUCUGGCCCGUGUGUCAUGCGGACUUCACACCAGCAGCGCCCCCAGCGGCAUAUCCCCAGCCAUGGCUAGGGGUCCAUCCUGCUGCAGUUGUGACUCCUGGCGUCAACGUGACCUUGAAGUGCCGAGCACCCCAACCUGCCUGGCGGUUUGCACUCUUCAGAACUGGUGUUGUCACCCCCCUGUUCCUCCGGGACGUGUCCAUUGAGCUGGCCGAGUUCUUCCUGGAGGAGGUGACUCUGGCCCAGGCGGGCAGUUAUCAAUGUAGCUACCGCAGGACAGACUGGGGACCGGGUGUCUGGUCCCAGCCCAGUGAUAUCCUGGAACUGCUGGUAACAGAUCAGCUGCCCAGACCAUCCCUGGUGGCACUGCCUGGGCCUGUGGUGGCUCCAGGAGCCAACGUGAGCCUACGCUGUGCAGGCCGAAUGCGGGGCAUGAGCUUUGCGCUGUAUCGCGUGGGCGUGGCGACCCCUCUGCAGUACAUCGACUCCGUGCAGCCCUGGGCUGACUUCCUUCUCACUGGCGCUGAUGCCCCUGGUACCUACAGCUGCUAUUACCACACGCCCUCCGCCCCCUAUGUGCUGUCGCAGCGCAGCCAGUCACUGGUCAUCAGCCCGGAAGGCUCCGGCUCCUCGGACUAUACCCAAGGAAAUCUCCUCCGUUUGGGGCUGGCGGGCCUGAUCCUCAUCUGCCUGGGCAUCAUAGUUACUUUUGACUGGCAUUGCAGGAGCUUUGCCUUUGGUGGCCUCCUGCCCCAGCAAAACUGA